CCGAUAGUAACCUCUGUGCUCAGCGCAGCCGAAUCUAUAAAAGGAACUAGUCGCGGCACAAGCCGGGUAAUUCCGAGGGAGACAGAGUGGGGCCGGGACCGCCGAGCCGAGCCGAGCCGACACAUCUUCCCCCGGGCGCGGGUGGGCAAGGCAGGGGUCGCCGCAGCACUAGGGCCACCAGAGCCCAUUUCUCGGGGCGCUCUGCUCCUGCUCUCCCCCUUCUCCAGAAGGGUUUUUCAGGGAGUGGGGAAAAGAGACGAAGACACAAAAGUGGAAAACAGUUAAUGACCAGCCACAGCGUCCCUGCUGUGAGCUCGGGCCACUGCCUCCACACUCCCAGCCACGCUCAGGUUGCCGUGGGCACCAGCUGAGCUAGCAUGGCGUGCUGGCCUCAGCUGAGGUUGCUGCUGUGGAAGAACUUCACUUACAGAAGAAGACAAACAUGUCAGUUGUUGCUGGAAGUGGCCUGGCCUCUAUUUAUCUUCCUGAUCCUGAUCUCCGUUCGGCUGAGCUACCCACCCUAUGAACAACAUGAAUGCCACUUUCCAAACAAAGCCAUGCCUUCUGCAGGAACGCUUCCCUGGGUCCAGGGGAUUAUCUGCAACGCCAAUAACCCGUGUUUCCGGUACCCAACUCCUGGUGAGGCUCCGGGCGUUGUCGGAAACUUUAACAAAUCCAUUGUGUCUCGCCUGUUCUCAGAUGCUCAGCGGCUUCUCUUAUACAGCCAGAGAGACACCAGCAUGAAGGACAUACACAAGGUUCUGAGAACAUUGCAGAAGAUCGAGAACAACAGCUCAAGUUUGACGCUGCGGGAUUUCCUGGUGGACAAUGAAACCUUCUCUGGAUUCCUGAAUCACAACCUCUCUCUGCCAAGGCCUACUGUGGACAGAAUGCUGGGGGCCGAUGUCAGCCUUCGCCAGGUAUUUUUGCACGGCUACCAGUUACGUUUGACCAAUCUGUGCAGUGGAUCAAAGUUAGAAGAGGUGAUCCAACUUGGUGACCAGGAAGUUUCCAGCCUCUGCAGCCUGCCAGGGGAGAAACUGGAUGCCGCAGAGCGAGUGUUUCUUUCCAACUUGGACAUUCUGAAGCCCAUCCUGACAGGACUAGACUCUAUAUCUCCUUUCCUGAGCCAGGAGCUGACUGAAGGCACAAAAAUGUUGCUGGAUAGUCUCGGGACUCUGGCCCAAGAGUUGUUCAGCAUGAAGAGCUGGAGUGACAUGCGGCAGGAGGUGAUGUUUCUGACCAACGUGAACAGCUCCAUCUCCUCCACCCAGAUAUACCAGGCUGUCUCCCGCAUCGUCUGUGGCCACCCCGAGGGUGGGGGCCUGAAGAUCAAGUCCCUCAACUGGUAUGAGGACAACAACUACAAAGCCCUCUUUGGAGGCAAUGGCACUGAGGAGGAUGCUGGCGCCGUCUAUGACAAUUCUACAAGUCCUUAUUGCAAUGACGUGAUGAAGAGUUUGGAGUCCAGUCCGCUCUCCCGCAUCAUAUGGAAAGCUCUCAAGCCUCUGCUUGUUGGGAAGAUCCUGUAUACACCUGACACUCCAGCCACGAGGCAGGUCAUGGCUGAGGUGAAUAAGACCUUCCAGGAACUGGCUGUGUUUCAUGACAUAAAAGGCAUGUGGGAAGAGCUUAGCCCCAAGAUCUGGACCUUCAUGGAGAGCAGCCCAGAAAUGGACCUUGUCCGGACACUCCUGAACAGCAGGGGCAAUGACCACUUCUGGAAACAGCGCUUGGCCGGCUUAGACUGGACAGCCGAAGAUAUCGUGGCGUUUCUGGCCAAGUACCCAGAGGACGUGCAGUCAGAGAACGGCUCUGUGUACACCUGGAGAGAGGCUUUCAAUGAGACCAACGGGGCGGUCCAGACCAUAGGGCGCUUCAUGGAGUGUGUCAACCUGAACAAGGUGGAACCAAUCGCAACAGAGGUUUGGCUCAUCAACAAGUCCAUGGAGCUGCUGGAUGAGAGGAAAUUCUGGGCUGGAAUCGUGUUCACCGGGAUCCCCCCCGACAGUGUCGAGUUGCCCCAUCACGUCAAGUACAAGAUCCGCAUGGACAUUGAUAAUGUGGAGAGGACGAAUAAGAUCAAAGACGGGUACUGGGACCCUGGUCCUCGGGCGGACCCCUUUGAGGACAUGCGGUACGUCUGGGGGGGCUUCGCCUACCUGCAGGAUGUGGUGGAACAGGCGAUCAUCCGGGUGCUGACGGGCACCGAGAAGAAAACCGGGGUCUACGUGCAGCAGAUGCCCUACCCCUGUUACGUCGAUGACAUCUUCCUGCGGGUGAUGAGCCGGUCCAUGCCUCUCUUCAUGACACUGGCCUGGAUCUACUCGGUGGCUGUGAUCAUCAAGGGCAUCGUGUACGAGAAGGAGGCGCGGCUGAAGGAGACCAUGCGUAUCAUGGGCCUGGAUAAUGGCAUCCUCUGGUUCAGCUGGUUCAUCAGCAGCCUCAUCCCUCUGCUCGUGAGCGCCAGCCUGCUGGUGGUCAUCCUGAAAUUGGGAAACCUGCUGCCCUACAGCGACCCCAGCGUGGUGUUUGUCUUUCUGUCCGUGUUCGCCGUGGUGACCAUCCUGCAGUGCUUCCUCAUCAGCACGCUUUUCUCCCGGGCCAACCUGGCGGCAGCCUGCGGGGGGAUCAUCUACUUCAUGCUGUACCUGCCCUACGUCCUGUGUGUGGCCUGGCAGGACUACGUGGGCUUCACGCUCAAGAUCUUCGCGAGCCUGCUCUCCCCCGUGGCUUUUGGGUUUGGCUGUGAGUACUUUGCCCUUUUCGAGGAGCAGGGCAUUGGGGUGCAGUGGGACAACCUCUUCGAGAGCCCCGUGGAGGAAGAUGGCUUCAACCUCACCACCUCGGUCUCUAUGAUGCUGUUUGACGCCUUCCUCUAUGGGGUGAUGACGUGGUACAUCGAGGCUGUCUUCCCAGGCCAGUAUGGAAUCCCCAGGCCCUGGUAUUUUCCUUGCACCAAGUCCUACUGGUUGGGUGAGGAAAGUGAUGAGAAGAGCCAUCCUGGUUCCAGCCAGAAGGGCGCAUCUGAAAUCUGCAUGGAGGAAGAGCCCAGCCACCUGAAGUUGGGUGUGUCCAUUCAGAACCUGAUGAAGGUUUACCGAGAUGGCAUGAAGGUGGCUGUCGAUGGCCUGACCCUGAAUUUCUACGAGGGCCAGAUCACUUCCUUUCUGGGCCACAACGGAGCCGGGAAGACCACCACCAUGUCCAUCCUGACUGGGCUGUUCCCUCCCACCUCGGGCACCGCCUACAUCCUGGGGAAAGACAUUCGCUCCGAGAUGAAUACCAUCCGGCAGAACCUGGGGGUCUGCCCCCAGCACAAUGUGCUCUUUGACAUGCUGACUGUGGAAGAGCACAUCUGGUUCUACGCCCGCCUGAAAGGCCUCUCAGAGAAGUUCGUGAAAGCGGACAUGGAGCAGAUGGCCCUGGAUGUCGGUUUGCCACCCAGCAAACUGAAAAGCAAAACCAAUCAGCUGUCAGGUGGAAUGCAGAGAAAGCUGUCUGUGGCCUUGGCCUUUGUUGGGGGAUCCAAGGUUGUUAUUCUGGAUGAGCCCACAGCCGGCGUGGAUCCUUACUCCCGCCGGGGAAUAUGGGAGCUCCUGCUGAAAUACCGACAAGGCCGCACCAUCAUCCUCUCCACACACCACAUGGACGAAGCGGACAUCCUGGGGGACAGGAUCGCCAUCAUUUCCCACGGGAAGCUGUGCUGCGUGGGCUCCUCCCUGUUCCUGAAGAACCAGAUGGGAACCGGCUACUACCUGACCCUGGUCAAGAAGGACGUGGAGUCCUCCCUCAGCUCCUGCAGAAACAGCAGCAGCACCGUGUCGUACCUGAAAAAGGUGGUGCCUGAGCUUCCCCCAGCUGGGCAGAGUGGAGGCAGAGGAGGAGAGGUGCAGAGGCUGGUGGCGCUGACUCAAGAUGUCGCCAUCAUCUCCAACCUCAUCCGGAAGCACGUGGCCGAGGCCCGGCUUGUGGAAGACAUCGGGCAUGAGCUGACCUAUGUGCUGCCCUACGAAGCUGCCAAAGAGGGAGCCUUUGUGGAACUCUUCCAUGAGAUCGACGACCGGCUCUCGGACCUGGGCAUCUCCAGCUACGGCAUCUCAGAGACGACCCUGGAGGAAAUAUUCCUCAAAGUGGCUGAAGAGAGUGGAGUGGACGCCGAGACCUCAGAUGGCACUUUGCCGGCAAGACGCAACCGGCGGGCCUUCGGGGACAAGCAGAGCUGCCUUCACCCCUUCACUGAGGACGAUGCUGUCGAUCCCAAUGAUUCCGACAUAGACCCAGAAUCCAGAGAAACAGACCUGCUCAGCGGGAUGGAUGGCAAAGGCUCCUACCAGGUGAAGGGCUGGAAACUCACUCAGCAGCAGUUCGUGGCCCUUUUGUGGAAGAGGCUGCUGAUUGCCAGGCGGAGUCGGAAGGGGUUCUUCGCUCAGAUUGUCCUGCCAGCUGUGUUUGUCUGCAUUGCCCUGGUGUUCAGCUUGAUCGUGCCACCCUUUGGCAAGUACCCCAGCCUGGAACUUCAGCCCUGGAUGUACAACGAACAGUAUACAUUCGUCAGUAACGACGCUCCCGAGGACAUGGGCACCCAGGAGCUCCUGAAUGCCCUCACCCGAGAACCCGGCUUCGGGACCCGCUGUAUGGAGGGGAACCCCAUCCCAGACGUGCCCUGCUUGGUGGGAGAGGAGGAGUGGACCACGGCCCCCGUUCCCCAGACCAUCACGGACCUCUUCCAGAACGGGAACUGGACGAUGGAGAACCCCUCACCCACCUGCCAGUGCAGCAGCGAGAAAAUCAAGAAGAUGCUGCCCGUGUGUCCCCUGGGGGCCGGGGGGCUGCCUCCUCCACAGAGAAAGCAGAACACGGAGGACAUCCUUCAGAACCUGACGGGGAGAAACAUCUCGGAUUACCUGGUGAAGACAUACGUGCAGAUCAUAGCCAAAAGCUUAAAGAACAAGAUCUGGGUGAAUGAGUUUAGGUACGGCGGCUUUUCCCUGGGUGUCAGCAAUUCUCACGGGCUUCCUCCAAGUCAAGAAGUUAACGAUGCCAUCAGGCAAAUAAAGAAACACUUGAAUCUGGCCAAGGACAGCUCUUCGAAUCGAUUUCUCACCAGCUUGGGAAGGUUCAUGACAGGACUGGACACGAAAAACAACGUCAAGGUGUGGUUCAAUAACAAGGGGUGGCAUGCCAUCAGCUCUUUCUUGAAUGUCAUCAACAAUGCCAUUCUGCGGGCCAACCUGCAGAAGGGGGCGAACCCCAGCCAGUACGGGAUCACUGCUUUCAACCACCCCCUGAAUCUCACCAAGCAGCAGCUCUCGGAAGUGGCUCUGAUGACCACAUCGGUGGAUGUCCUCGUGUCCAUCUGUGUUAUCUUCGCCAUGUCCUUCGUCCCAGCCAGCUUUGUCGUGUUCCUGAUCCAGGAGCGGGUCAGCAAGGCGAAGCACCUGCAGUUCAUCAGCGGGGUGAAGCCCGUCAUCUACUGGCUCUCCAAUUUUGUCUGGGACAUGUGCAACUAUGUGGUCCCUGCCACACUGGUCAUCAUCAUCUUCAUCUGCUUCCAGCAGAAGUCCUACGUGUCCUCCACCAACCUGCCCGUGCUAGCCCUCCUGCUCCUGCUGUAUGGGUGGUCGAUCACACCGCUCAUGUACCCCGCCUCCUUCGUGUUCAAGAUCCCCAGCACCGCCUACGUGGUCCUCACCAGCGUGAACCUCUUCAUCGGGAUCAACGGCAGCGUGGCCACCUUCGUGCUGGAGCUCUUCACCGACAACAAGCUGAAUAACAUCAAUGAUAUCCUGAAGUCUGUGUUCUUGAUCUUCCCGCACUUCUGCCUGGGACGGGGGCUCAUUGACAUGGUGAAAAACCAGGCCAUGGCUGAUGCCCUGGAAAGGUUCGGGGAGAACCGCUUCGUCUCGCCACUCUCGUGGGACUUGGUGGGACGAAACCUCUUCGCCAUGGCCGUGGAGGGGGCGGUGUUCUUCCUCAUCACUGUUCUGAUCCAGUACAGAUUCUUCAUCCGGCCCAGACCUGUGAAUGCAAAGCUUCCCCCUCUGAAUGACGAGGACGAAGACGUCAGGCGGGAAAGGCAGAGGAUUCUCGACGGGGGAGGCCAGAAUGACAUCUUGGAAAUCAAGGAGCUGACCAAGGUGUAUAGAAGGAAGAGGAAGCCUGCUGUCGACAGGAUUUGUGUUGGCAUUCCUCCUGGCGAGUGCUUCGGGCUCCUGGGAGUUAAUGGGGCUGGGAAGACGUCAACUUUCAAGAUGUUAACUGGAGACAGCACUGUUACCAGAGGAGACGCUUUCCUUAACAAAAAUAGUAUCUUAUCAAACAUCCACGAAGUACAUCAAAACAUGGGCUACUGCCCGCAGUUCGAUGCCAUAACGGAGCUGAUGACUGGGAGGGAGCACGUGGAGUUCUUUGCCCUCUUGAGAGGAGUCCCAGAGAAGGAAGUUGGCAAGGUCGGUGAGUGGGCGAUUCGGAAGCUGGGCCUGGUGAAGUACGGAGAAAAGUACGCCGGCAACUACAGUGGCGGCAACAAGCGCAAGCUCUCCACAGCCAUGGCUCUGAUCGGCGGGCCUCCUGUGGUGUUUCUGGACGAACCGACCACAGGCAUGGACCCCAAGGCCCGGCGAUUCCUGUGGAACUGUGCCCUGAGCAUCAUCAAGGAGGGGAGAUCGGUAGUGCUCACCUCUCAUAGCAUGGAAGAAUGUGAAGCUCUUUGCACGAGGAUGGCAAUCAUGGUCAAUGGCAAGUUCAGGUGUCUCGGUAGCGUCCAACAUCUGAAAAAUAGGUUUGGAGAUGGGUAUACGAUAGUUGUCCGCAUAGCAGGGUCCAACCCGGACCUGAAGCCUGUCCAGGAGUUCUUCGGACUGGCCUUCCCGGGCAGCGUCCUGAAGGAGAAGCACCGGAACAUGCUGCAGUACCAGCUCCCGUCCUCGCUGUCGUCCCUGGCCAAGAUCUUCAGCAUCCUCUCCCAGAGCAAGAAGCGCCUCCACAUAGAAGACUACUCUGUUUCACAGACAACACUUGACCAAGUAUUUGUAAACUUUGCCAAGGACCAAAGUGACGACGAUCCCUUAAAGGACCUGUCGUUACACAAAAACCAGACAGUAGUGAACGUUGCAGUUCUCACAUCUUUCCUGAAGGAUGAGAAAGUGAAAGAAAGUUAUGUGUGAAGACUCCUGUUCCUGCAGGGUGGCUGAAAGAGAGGAGGGACUGCCCUUCCUUCGCACCGGGUGAGGAGCCCAGAGGAGCGAGCCGGACGCUUCCGUGGGAAGAAGUAAACUGGAUACUGUACUGAUCCUCUUCAAUGCAAUGCAGUUCAAUGCAAUCCAAACAGAAUUCCAUGCCAGGGGCAGUGCCUUUGUAGCCGAUGUCUCCUAUGGCUCUCGAGGGAAAAAGACUUGAAUUAAGUGUAUUACCUUAUGUCUAUGUGAACCUCUAGUAUGGAACCCAGAGGACAUAUGGGUUUGAAAUCAUACUGGGUUUUUUUGUUUUGUUUGUUUUGUAUUUUUGUUUUUGGUUCCUUUGUAUUCUCACUGGGGUUGCAACAACAAUCCGUCAAGUCAUCAUGGCCAGUGAUUAUUUGCCCACAUCAGAAGGCAUGCAUGCACACCCUCGCUCAUUACACCGUGCCAUGCCAGGAGACUGGUGUCCCGGUGCCACCUCCACGGAGGGCAGUGAGUGCACCGGAAUUGCUAGUGCCAAGUGGUGCUCAGAAAGCCUAAAGCACCACGGCGUGUCAUGCACACUUUUGUGGAAGUUGUGCUACUCGGAGUCUUAUCGACAUCACCAAAUAUCAGGUGACAAAAGUGGUGCCACGUGUGGGGGAAAGUCCUGCUCUGCUUCCCUCGUUGAUGAGCUGCUGUGGUUAAUGGUGACAUGCAGAUUGCGGGUGGCUCCAGACAAGUGAGACUUGGCUUCAUUGUUACAUUGUCCCUCGCUUGGAGCCAUGGGUCUCCAGGGUCAUCUUGCUGGGACUCCUUAAAUGUACUUAGGUCCUGGUAAGAACCAGCACCCAAUUCGUCGGGGCUGCUGGGGCCAGGGUGAGGGAGGGAGGAGAUGGUGCCGAUGGUGCGUUUGGACCUGGGCAGGCCUGUGUCCACUCGUCCCGACUGUCUGCCAGCACGGUACACUGCAUCUCAAGAUCUUGUCCGACAAAAAUGUAGUAGUAUUUCUGGCUUUUCUAGAGUAUGAAAAGAUGGAGUUGUAUUUUGACAAAAGUCUUUGUGCUUUUAAUGUUAUUUGGAAUUUUAAGUCCUAUCAGUGACUUUUGAAACCUUAGAAUAUGGCCUGUGGCGACCGCCCGACUGGUGCCUCGUGACCGGAAAACAGCAUGAGGGUCAAGAUCUCAUGACAUUACAUUUAAGUUUCUUUACUAUCAUUUAAAAUAAUCUCAGCUCAUUAAUCACGUUUCUUUCUUUCUUUCUUUCUUUUUUUUUUUUUGGAGCCUGUGUUACAGCCGAAUGAGUAUGGAUGGAUGGAUAGAUGGGGUGGGGAGAAACCAAGUCUCAGAUCCCCGGUGCCAUGUUAUUCAGCUAACUGGUUUACAAAUACACAUAGGUGGUUCUGCUGUGGUCGUGGGAGCCCAGUGAAAGGCAAUGGGGCAGCCCACUUUCUGAAAAUAGCAACAAUGCAAAAGCCAAGAGUGUUUAAAUGUCAUGAGGGUCACAAGACUUGAACAAUUAGUAUUUUUCUGGAGAACACGGCAAGUUUUAAAAGUUGUUGAACAAGACAGUUUGUGCUUAUGACAUUGAGUACCUUCUUCAAAGAAUUGGCUUUGAAGACCUGAGACACCUCAUUCAUACAAUCUCAAAUUUUUCAUCUCUUCAAUCACUAACCUAUCAUGAAAAAAAUAAAAGCAGCAAAUGCCCCCACAUGAAGUAUAUUUCAGACUUUUCCAACCCAGUCUUAUUUUUUUAGGCAGUAAAUACUUAAAAAAUAUUAUUUUACCAAUGCUUAAUGUCAUCUGUAUUGAGACAACAAAAAUAGGAGGGAACCACUGUUUGGUGAAAUUCAAUUGAUCUUUCACUGUCACUUUUUUCUAAAAUUUGUUAACUCGAAGGGUGUAAGAUUUCAGAUCUACUUUUAAUUUAUAGUUUUCCCUUUUAAAAUUUACAGAAUGUUAUCACAUAACUUGUUGAUUGGAAAAGAAAGUGAUUUUCAGAAAUUAUUGCCAAUAUUGUUUUCUAAAAUGAUAAACAAGUAAUGAAGGCGUAUUUCCAAAUACUAGAGAUCAUCCAAUGUAUUUUAUGCUAUCUAUAAUGAUGUAAAACUCAUAGAAUAAUUUAGUUUCUCCUUGUGUAAUAUUUUUCAGAAUCAAACUUCUGUUUUCCCGUUUUAUUAGAAUCAUGUUUGAAUUUUCUACUAUAUCAAAUCCAUAAGCAACUCUUUGCUUUAAUUACUCUGACUUCAAGGCCGUAUUUAAAAAACAUCAAAAGGCACUGUGAACCAUUUUGAAAGAGAACAAUGUUUCAAUAUAGAUUUGAAAAGAUCUCUUCUGAAGCUAGAAACAAUCUACAAUUACCAUCAAUUUCGUUAAUACUGUUACCUCUUAGGUUAUCCAAAUAGAUACCUUUUAAAUUUUCCUAUGUAAACCUAAUUAUAUAGUAAAAAUUUUUACCAACUCUUACUCAAGUAAAAUCUCUAUAUAUCCCCCGUGGAACUGUAACUAUGUGAGUUUCAGAAAAUUCUCAAGUGUUCAAAGAUUUCUGCUUUUGCUUCUUUUGGACAUCUUGGAAAGUUUAUGAACAACUGUGAAUAUGAAAAAUACAAAAGAAAACAGUAACAGAGCCCUCUAUACCUAAAUGCCCAGCUCAGUUCAUUGUUAAAAACAAACAACCAAACCUCAAACUACUGUAUUUCACUAUCUGUACGGAAAGCAAUGCAUUGUGGCUAUUAAGUAUUGCACAUCAUUCAUUCACUGUAUAGUAACUAUUGACUAAAGGGAUUUGUCUAUGUUUUCUUCGUGUGGUUGUAUAUAUCAGGAAAUUUUUUUUUCCCAAAGAGCCAUGUGUCAUAUAAUAUUGAACCACUUUGACAUUGAGAUAUUAAUUUGUACCCUUGUUACUACUUAAUAGUAAUAAUAUAGUACUAUAUAGAGUAGUGCUCUAAUUCUCUUUAAAAUUGUUGCAUCCCUUUUAUAGAAUGUUUCUAUUUACAUAGGAUUAGGUAUUCUAUUCUUCCUUCGGAAACCCUAGGAUGAAGCUAUGUUUUUUGUGCUUUUUCUUUAUCAUUGGCCCUUCAUUCCAAGCACUUUAUGUUGUCUGUGAUGGGAUCUAUUUUUGCACUGGAAUAUCUGAGAAUUGCAAAACUAGACAAAAGUUUCACAAUAGAUUUCUAAGUUAAAUCAUUUUCAUUAAAAGGGGGAAAAAAAGAAAAACAUUUGUAUUGUCUAUAACUUUAUAUGAAGUAUUAAAAGCGUAUUUCUGUGUUGUAAUGAGUCACGAAGAAAUAAAGCUGUGACGGUUCUAUUGAUAUAUA